AUGCUUAAAAUCAGACCUCUUAUUGCCUCCAUUUUUUAUUAUAAGCUGGGAAAUGGGAGCAAGUUCUUCUUCUGGGGUGAUCCUUGGGUGAAUGGACAGUCCAUUACAUAUAGAUUUCCUGGUAUAGAUAUUAAAGGUUCUGACAUUAAAAAAUAUGUUAAAGUUUGUAGCCUGUGGAGAAAUGAUACGUGGGUUCUCCCUGACCUGCUUGAUGACGUAACAAAUGAUGCUUGGGAUUAUAUUAGAGCUAAUAUCAAAAUUAGAAGCAAUAUAGAGGAUCAAGUUUGUAGUAGAGCAAGAGCAGAUGGCAAAUUCAAUAUUAGCAGUGUUUGGAGGAAGCUAGUGCCUGAAAGAGAUAGAGUGCAAUGGGGAAAAAUCAUUUGGUCUUCUGGUAACAUUCCUAGGUACUCUUUCAUUACCUGGAUGGCUUUGAUUGGCAGACUUGUUACUAAAGAUAAGCUGAGGAAAUGGAAUGUGAUCAAUGAUGAUAAGUGCAGUCUGUGUAAUGUGAACUUAGAGAGUAGAGAUCAUCUGUUCUUUGAUUGUAGCUAUUCUAAGAAGAUAUGGAGAAGUGUUCUGGAUAGAUUGGGAAUUAAUAGAAGGACUAUGUCAGAGAGUUCAGCUUGUUGUGAGCUUGUAUCAGCUUUGCUGAAUAUUUUUCUUCUCUUUUUGGUGAUUUUGCCAAAAACAAAUAAGGCAUUGAACAUACAUAAUGUACAAUCAAUAUCGAAUAAAGCGCUACGCCACCACUAUCAUGAGACGGAAAUCCGGACAACAUGGGACAUCAAAUUCCUUGCAACGGGCGUCGGGCCGCCAUUUAUGGAAUCAUUCCUACAGAAUCAGAAUAGGCUUCCGGCCUCCACCAGAAUCAGAAUAGGCUUUUGGCCUCCUACAGAAUCAGAACAGGCUUCCGGUCUCCUACAAAACCAGAACACGCUUCCAGCCUCCUACAAAAUCACAACAGGCUUUCGGCCUCCACCAGACUCAUAA